GUUCCCGUGCUGUACGAACUGCGAACUGCCAACGCUUACAAAUAAAGAAGGCUGUCACGUUUCUGCGGAGUUGGGAACGCCUCAUGGGACGAGCACGAGCUCGAGCUCCUGCUUCUUGCACAGAAGGUUAGAGGAGAAGGUGUAGUACUGAUUGCUGGAGCAGCGGUGAGGGAUUUGAGAGGGGUUGUUGGGUUCUAAUCUAAAAGUCUUCUGACCGGAGGAAGAACAAUCGGCUUUCGAAUUGACUUGGGUUUGUUGGGGAGGAGAGGAAGGAUGAAGAUCCAGUGUAAUGCUUGUGAGGCGGCGGAGGCCAGUGUGCUCUGCUGCGCAGACGACGCUGCUUUGUGUUGGGCGUGUGACGAGAAGGUUCAUGCGGCGAACAAGCUUGCUAGCAAGCAUCAGAGGGUUCCUCUGUCGAAUUCGUCGUCGCAAAUGCCGAAAUGCGAUAUAUGCCAGGAAACUGUUGGCUAUUUCUUUUGUCUAGAAGAUCGAGCUUUACUCUGUAGGAAAUGUGAUGUUGCCAUACACACUGCAAACAACUAUGUGUCAGGGCAUCAGAGGUUCCUCUUGACAGGAGUAAAAGUAGGGCUUGAAUCUGAAGAACCAGUUGCAUCUUCUACCAAAGAGAAAUUGAACCCUGCUGGUAGAGAUGUUGGGGUGGUAUCUAGAAAUCCAGGAACAGAAUGUAGACCUGAGCCUAUGAGUGCUGGAGUGGUGCCUAGAAAUGAAAGAAUAAUAUCUAGACUUGAGCCUUCAAGUGCUGGAAUGGUGUCUAGAAAUAUAGGAACAAUAUCUAGACCAGAGCCUAGAAGGCAUAUCUCACCACAAAUGGCUGGUGAAAAUAGUGGAUCAUUGUCAAGCCUGGUUUGUGGAGUUGGGAGUCUACCAACAAGUACAAUGUCAUUUUCUGGGGGACCUAUGAGUGGAAGUUCCCCACAAUGGCCUUUGGAUGAGUUUUUUGGGUUCACAGAACUAAGUCAAAAUUAUGGGUUCAUGGACCACACAUCUUCCAAGGCUGAUAGCGGAAGGCAGGAAGAUUCUGAUUGGUCCCCAAUUUUACGAGCGGCAGAUGAAGAGUUGGAUGUUGACGAGUGCUUGGGUCAGGUGCCAGAGAUGUCAUGGAUGGUGCCACAGAUGCCAUCACCACCCACAGCCUCAGGGCUUAACUGGCCAAAGAACUUGCGGAAUCCACCAUCUGAUUGUGCAGCUUCUGUUCCAGAUAUAUGCUCCUUGUCUGUUCAAAACUUGUAUCAAUAUCAACCAAAUGCUGCCAUCUUGAAACGUAGAAGGCUGUACUAAUUGCAGAACUGUUCUUGCAGGAGAGCUGGAGAGGUACUUGGAAAGUCAAGUGCUGUAUAAAUUUUGUAUCUAUUUUUUACUUCUUCCUGAUGUUUUUACUUUUUAGGGCAUUAGGAUCACCUUAUCAAGGCUAUGUUUCUAGAUCAGUAGGUACUUUUUUUUUUUUAAAUCUUUCCUAGGUUAUUAUGGUUCUUUUUGUGUAAUUAUUAUACGUAUCUGACCACAAGUUAUCUGGUUAUAUUUGGUUUCUAAUAAUUGAAUGUUUUUUUUU